AUGAGUCAGCCUUCUGGGGAGCACCAAUCAGAUCUAGAUCAUUAUAUCGGCCGUCUAGCUAGAGAUGGUUACAUGCUUCCAUUGUCCGUAUCCAAUUGGAAGUAUAUGGCGCCUAAUCGGAUUCAGAAAGCUUUGGAUGAUAUAAAGCAUGUAUUUGACUGCCCCCAAGAACUUGAUGCUACCAUCAGGAGUAGGCUUAAUCAUUACUGGAGGGAUCACAAACAUACAAUCAAAUCAGCAGGGUAUGAUCCGAACAGAAGUGAGGCGCAUAAUCUUGCACACCGACCUGCAGAUGUUGUGGAAAGUCAGUGGGCGCCGUUAGUUAAAAUGUGGAAUACCCAGAAAAAUAAAAUGCUAGCCAAAACAGGAAGGUUCCCUGAACGACACGAGAUAUUUCGUAGAACCAGGACAAAGAAAAGGAAAACAUCAUAUCCAAAUGAAGAAGUGAUGGAUCAUGUUCCUGCUGAACAAUACGAUCGCAUGGUGGAAAUACACAACCAGGAUAACCAACCUGGAUCUGGAGUCGUUUUAGGUGGACGAAAUGAUGCAUUUGCGGCUGUAAUGGGACCAGAUAGGCGUGGUCGGGUCCGUUGCUUUGGCAGCACUGUGAAGCCGAAACAGUUUUGUGGCGAGUCAUCAUCAUCAAGUAAAGUCGUUCAAUUGACAGAGGAAAAUGCAAUGCUCAAACGAAGGUUUGCAGAAUUGGAGGCUCAAGUUGCAGUAUUACCACCAAAUCAGAACAACGAAGGACUCGAGGAAAUGUGACAUGAAAAGCUGCAUGAAGGGUUAGUUGCCAGAUUUUGACAGAUGAUAGACAGAUGAUAAAAUAGCACUCAAAUG